UCUUCAUUCGGUGUCAUUUAAUAUGUUAAAACCAAAAAUCUCUUAUUUUUCCUGAGUUUAAUCCAGAGGAAGACAAAUGGAGUCGUCUCCUUCAAAGUCCACUUGUGUGAAACUGUAUCUGUGCUCCAACCCAGAGGACAGCGUGGUGGAGCGCAGAGCUCUGAGAGAGAGUGUGUUCCCCAAACUUAGAGAGCACUGCAGACACACACUGGGACUGGACGUCAGGGUGAUAGACCCGUUUGAGUGCAGUGAUCCCAGUCAUUGGCCAGAUGAAAACACCAGACAGCAGCUGAUUAAAGAAUGCAGAGAGAGCUCCGCAGGACCUUUUUUACUGGCUCUGGUCGGACAUAAGUAUGGCACCGCCGGCCUGCCCCCCCAGGUGGAGGUGUCGGAGUACCAGCUGCUGCUGCAGGAGAGUCAGCGGGCCGGCGUCAACACCCAGGACCUAGAGGGAGUCUACCAGAGGGACGAGAACACCCUCCCCCCCUCCUACUGCCUGACACCUCCACACAGCUGCUGUCCUCAGCAGGCAGAGGUUAAAGAUGAAGAAGAAGAGAUGAAGAUGAGGGCUAAAGAAGAAGAGCUGAGGAAGGUGUUUCAGACCACUGUGAGUUUGUGCCUCCAGAGCGGUCUGAUGAGCCCAGAGAGAGCCCACCGCUUCUACAGAUCAGCCCUCGACGCAGAUCUGCGAUAUGCUCUGGACAACGGUCCUCAUUAUGACAUCAUGAAGCGAUGCCUGGUUUACGUCCACAGGGUCGUCAACGCAGAAGGAGAGAGAGAGAAGAGAGGGAUGACGUCACAGCCAGAGGCUGCACUGCACACUUCACCCACUGAGGGACAAUUACUCUCAGAGCUUUGUGACAGCUUCCUGCCGGGUCUCGUCACUUCUUCCAAGCUUCCUGUCUACACCCUGGCUACAGAGUGUGACCCACGCCACGGUUACACCACAGCCAGGAGGCGGGGCUACGCUGCGGCUCUGUGCCAGCAGGUGUUCUCAGACCUCCUGGGCUUGAUUGACAGCUUGAAGGUCUCAGAGGGCGGAGAAGGUUCUCAGCUCAGUGAUGCUUUAACCAGAGAGCAGGAGGAGCUGUGUGAUGUCCUGUCACAAUUUUAUCAUGUCAUUCGGCCGGAGGAGGAGAAGGUCAGAGCCUUUGUGGAGCAGAACGAACAGCAGUGCCCUCUAGUGGUGACAGGAGGACCGUGCACAGGGAAGACAGUUCUGCUGGCACACUGUGCUCAACAGAUGAAGUCUUGGCUACCAGACUCUGAUCCUGUGGUGAUCACUUACUUUUGCGACCUGUCAGUCAACGCUUCCCCCAGGCCUCUGUUAUCCAGCCUGUGUUAUCAAAUCGGCAGCAGAUAUCACAGUGAAUCUUCCUCUGAGCAGAAUCUGAGCCAGCUGGAUGAUUCCAGCUGUAUCACUGACCUCAGAGACUACAGCUCCACCUGUAGCUCAACAUCCAACAUGUGUCUGGCUGAGCUUCAGGAGCGUUUCUCCUCCCUCCUCUCCUCCAUGCCGUCCUCCAAACAACCUCUAGUUCUGAUCCUCGAUGGCCUGGAUCACAUCCAAAACACCUCUGCAGCUGUGAUCAUGGGGAGCUUCCCAUCUCCUCUUCCUCCCAGCGUUAAACUCAUCCUCACAAGCUCCUCCAACCCAACACAAGUCCUGCAAACUGUCAACUGUGUGUCAGAGGAGUCAGGAUAUGUGUGUGUUCAGCUGGGAUCAGCAGACAGGAAACAGUGUUUGAAGAUGUUGGCGUCACUGCUGAGCAGCUCGGGGAGGAGGGUGACAUCAGGACAACAGGUGCUGGUGAAUCAGGCGCUGACUUCCUGUGGUCUGACUCUCUACGCUCGACUGCUGCAGCCACACACCUCGCUCUGGCUCUCUGAUUCCGAUGUGACCGAGUCGUCUCUCCCUGAUGCCGUUCAUUCAUCCAUUUCUGCGUUGCUGGAUCACCUCCAGCAGAAACACGGCUCCUCUAUUGUGGCCCGUUGUGUCUCCUACCUCACCCUCUCCAGGACGGGGCUCACUGAGGCCGAGCUCGCCGACCUGCUGUCCAGUGAUCACACAGUUCAUAACAAUGAGAGCCCAUCCUCCAGUGUGAGGGUCAUGCAAAUCGACGUGGAGAGACUUCUACUGGAUUUGAGGAGGUUUCUGAUCAGGAGGACAGUUGCAGGGUCACAUGUUUUGUUCUGGGUGAGCAGACACUUCAAUCUGGUGGUGGCUGAGAAGUAUUUAGGCGAGCAUGAGGUGAGGAAGGAGAUUCAUUCAGUGAUGGCGGACUAUUUCAGUGGCCGGCGGGCUUGUGCAGGUGAAACACCACUUCUUGUAAAGCAGAAAUCUGCACCAAACAAGGACACCAGGCAGAUAGAAAUAAACACAAACAGGCAGCCAUCAAGCCAGCCGUUUGUCUUCGUCUCUUCUGUGAAAGAGCUCGGCCGAGUGAACUUCAGGAAAGUCUUAGAGUUGCCGCAUCACUUACGAGAAAGCGACAAAUGGUGGGAGCUGGAGCAUGGUCUGUUGAUGUCUUUGAAGUUUCACCAGGCUAUGAUUCAAGCAGGUCUCCUGGGAGAUUUGGUAGCCAUGCUGGAGGGUGAAGAGGGGUCACCACAUGUCUGUUUGUCAAGGGAAAGACCACUCCUGGCAGGCAUAUUGAAGUCUUGUGCUUGCUUACUGCAGAGCUCACCGCUGCAGCUGCCCUCAGUGAUGGAAACCAGUCUCCUCCCUCAUCUGGAGGUUUUUCCUGCCCUCAAACGUUACGCCAGAGAGAUCAGACAGGAGAGGAGGAGAAGAGGAAGCGGAUUAGGAGUAGUGCUUUGCCCAGCUCCCUCCUCUGUUCCCUCCAUUCAAUGCGAUGCCAAAGCCAAGGAUGUUUCUGUCAGAGAAGCAGCUGCGACAGAGUGUGGGAUCGUAGCAGAGAUCAUGGACGACGGCACGGCUUGGAUCUGGAACGGCUCUGGGUGUGAUGUAGCCAAAGUGUCACUGAGCUGUGAGCAGAAAGAGCUUGAGUUUGCAGGAGUGAAGAGCAGCGGCCAGUUCAUGCUGCUUUCCACACAAUGCAACAAGCUUUUCCUGUGGGAUGUGAUGGGUCCAGAAAUGUUCCUGGAGCUGAAGGUAACUUUGAAAACAGCAAACAAAGUUGAUGGUUUCGCUGCAUAUCAGAAAAAGGUGUUUAUGUGGUGGAAGGAUGAGAGUUUUGUGAGCAUGUUUGAUGUCUCCGGUGACAUCUUGACUCAUUUCCAGUGUCAGAGCUGCGUGACCUGUUUGGUUUGCUCCUGUGAUGGCUUCUACAUGUACUGUGGCCAGGAGGAUGGUACUUUAUCCAUUUUUGACACCCACACCAGCAGCCUCCUCUGCUCCUGUUCAAACUCAAACCACAAUGCGGUUACAGCAAUGAUCUUGUGUGAAGAGAAGUGGGAGAUGGCCUGUGUUGACAGGACGGGGAGUCUAACCCUGUGGGAUGUGGAGGCCAAAAGAAACCCACCCAGACUUGUCACAGAAAUCUCUAGUGGGGGUGAACCUAAUGACAUCCUCAAUGUAGAUUACUCUCAUGAAAUCGACACUUUAUUGGUGUGUCAGUCCCACCAGGUGGCCAUGUGGGACACAUGCGACUGGGAGCUUUGGGACCGGUUCUUGGCUCCACGGGGGAGAGCCUUCACUCAGGCUUUGCUCUCCCCGGAUGGCCACCUUUUCCUGGCUUUAUUAGACGCCUGUCCCCUGGUGUUGGUGUGGAGAGUCAGCACCGGGGAGUGUGUUCUCACCUUAGAAACAAACAAACAGCCUCUUAAACUCCUCAAAACGUCCUCAGAUGCUGUUUGUGUGGCUUGUGACGGCUGCCUGACGGUGUGGGACUCAGGGAUGAUAGAUGCAGCAGGUACAGCUCCGAAAAUGGGGUGUGGAGUCAGAGACGUGGCAACUGAGCCAACAGGGGAGUGGUUCUACACCUCGGACGGGUCAGAGUCGGUGUGGAGAUGGAGAUUAGAAACAGGACUUCCACAUGCUAACUUCCUACACGACGGUCCUGUGGAAAAACUGCGUCUGUCUCCGGAUAACAUCCACCUUGUGACGCUCUCAGUAGGGGAGAUAUACGUGUGGCAGACGGAGACAGGUCAGAACAUCCUGCGGAUCAGCGGCAGCAGAGCGACACACGUGCUGAUCACCCCUAACAGUAACUUCGGGGUGAGUAUCUCUGAUCGGGGCUUGUCUCGGGUUUGGAAGCUGGCACAUGGGAGCAUCGUGUGCAGCAUCCACACGCACCUAUCUGACGCCCAGGUGUCUCCUGAGAGCACCUUCCUGAUCGGCCGUCGCCGUGGAGACCUGUUAGCUGCCAGUCUGUGGUCCGGCUCCAUCAGCAAGCGUUUCUCCUGCAUGGAAAGCUCCGAGCAUGUUGUUGCUUUCCACACACUCCCUGAGCAGCCAGACUUUGUGGUGGUGAUGGCCGCCUCAGGGGCCGUCUACACCUGGAAGGUAGCAGAGGAGACGGUGUGCAGGCACUUCCAGCUGCCUUCUACGUUUCACUGUCAGCCACAAGACUUCCACAUGUCCUCUGACGGAAGCUACGCCCUGCUGUCCACUGACAAUGAAGCCAUAAACCUCUUAGACUUAUCCCAUGUCAGACUGUGCUCCUUCAAGACCGAGGGUCCCGUCCUAAAAGCUUGUCUGGGUAAAACCGGAUGCUAUGCUGCCUACAUCUCCUGCCCUGCCACCACCCAGGAGAAAAGCUGCGUCUGUUUCCAGCACACGAGGUCUGUGCUCACAGUUGUACGACUUGCAGACGGGGAAAGAGUAGGAAGUGUGUGUCUGGGGAAGAAUCCACUGACUUUAGUGGUGUGUGAGGGGAAGUGUGUGUUUGUGGGAUUUGAAGACGGGUCUGUAGGUGUUUAUUCAGUUUUAGAUGUCACGAUCGACGGGGAGGAGUCAGUCAGGUGCAGAGAGAAUAUGAACAGUCGGGUGAAGCAAUGCUCCUUUGACAGAGCAUUCAGCUGGUUACCACUAGGGACACCUAAUAUUACAUGGCCUUAAGAUUCUUGAGUGUGCUUGAAAGAGCACACUGUAUACUCUCCACCAGGCUUAAUCCUAGAUUGUAUUCUUUCGUUUCUUCCGUGUUUUUUUCCGGCCGACUACUCCUCCCAGAGUUUUAGUCACACAUACACUAAAAAGGUAUCAAUUCAACCGGCUCGGCCAUGACAAGUGUGCUAGGACUUUUCUAAGGGCUUCGGCAAACGGUUUUCAAAUUAUUCGCCAAAAACACGCCAAAAAAUCCCCCCAGUGUUACCCUAUGGAGGGGCUAGAGUGAAUGAAAUCAUCGCUAGAGUGCAGAGGGAAAAAAAAUGUGUCAAAAAAUAAAUUUGGAAACUGCGCUCAAAGCCGCAAAUGCCACUCUACAGAAUUAAUUUAGACAUAGAAACAGGAAAAUUGGUCUUCUCACUCACAUUGGUCUGCUAAAGCUGACAGAGUUAUAGUUUGGGUGUAGGAUGCACAGAUGAUCCAUCAAC